AUGGCAGCUCUAUCGGCAGCUACCCUUAAGCGGAGAAAAGAAUUCCAAGAGACCACGGAGGAGCUGAGAAAUAAAGGAAUCUGGUACCGAUGGGGAUACCCCACCAAAUUGCUGAUCACCAAAAAUGGCGGACUGAAAAUUAUACACACACCAGAAGAAGGACUUAAGCAACUCAGAGAAUGGGGCCUACUAACGGGAUCCCCGAAAAAAGCAGGCCCAGCAGAGCGCCUGACACCUGAAUGGCGCCAAAUAUCCAACAAAUCCACAUAA